AUGCGUCUGGCAGUAAGGCAGGGGUGUUGGGACGCUGAUGAAUUCGUUAAACAACGGUUAGCAUUUUCUUACCCUGCGCAUACACUUAAUCCUUGCCUGUCAAACUUGGUAACAUUGAAAAUAAGAAGAAAAGAUGGUGAUGAUGAUGAUGAUGAUGAUGAUGAUGAUGAUGAUGAUGAGGAGGAGGAGGAGGAGGGGGAGGAGGAGGAGGAGGAGGAGGAGGAGGAGGAGGAAGAAAAAGAUUUUGUCUCCGAAACAGGACGCUUAUUAGCCCGAUGCUUCAAAUUCCCACUGAAGCUGAUCACCAGAGACAAUCGCAAUAACAUCAGUAAUGCGACAGAUGUGAAGAUACACCACUCUUACUUCAAAGGAUUUGCAUUUUGCUUUGGUUGA